AGUUACACCAAUAGACUCCAAACUGGUGACGUGGUUCGGUCCGUUGACCAGAGCAGCAGUAUGGCCGACCAGAGCAGGCAAAUAAAACUCGCUGCAGCUAAGAAAAAGCUGAAGGAGUUUCAGCAGAAGAGCUCCCCUGCUAGUGUGGGAGGUGAAAAGGGUGGAGGAGGAGGUGGUGGUGGUGGUGGUGGUGGUGGAGCUGGGGCCAAGAAGAAGAGGAAGGUGAAGGGACUGAACCAACAGGAUGCUUCUUCAACAGACAGAAGCUCUCCAGACAAUUUUGACAGUAUUCUGAAAGCACUUAGUCAAAGCAAUGGUGUAGUCCUACCUCCUUAUGGCAACAGUCAGACCUUUGCUGACGUGGAGGUCAUCGGGUCUUCAGUUCCCCAGCUGCUGGAGGAACCAAAGGGCGAGCCUGGUCGCGGCUCACCUGUGUCUAACCUCGCUAGUGCUAACACUGCUACUAACCCUGAGUCUGUCGGUCACAACACUGGCCUGCAGGACUAUACCGAUACCAAUGGCAAUGGGAGUUUAACAGAAGAAAAUAGACCACUGUCUUCCACUGAGAGCCUGCGACAGCUCUCACAGCAACUGAACGGCCUGGUCUCUGAAUCAUCUACGGCAUAUGUGAAUGGGGACAGUCCACCUGCCGUUGGUGAAAGAGAGCUGGGGGGUCGGAACCAGGAGCUGGCAGCUGCCCUGGAGUCCAGCAACCUAACAAACUCUCAGCUAAAUACCAAGCUAGACCAGCUGGCACAGCAUUCUCAGGGGCUCUCUGAUCAGCUACAAAAGGAGCGAAAAGAAUUUGAUCAGAGAGUUUCAAAAGAGCAGGGAGCCAUGCGGGAGCAAUUACAGGUUCACAUUCAGACCAUUGGUAUACUGGUAUCUGAGAAAUCAGAGCUACAAACGGCACUACAAUACACACAACAUGCUGCAAGGCAGAAAGCAGCUGAGGCAGAAGAGUUGAAUAACCGUCUGCAGGCAACAAAGCAGAGAGUAUCAGAGCUGGAGAGAACGCUCUCUUCUGUCUCAACACAGCAGAAACAGUUUGAGAAGCACAACAAAGAGUUUGAAAAGGAGAGAGACAGCCUGAGGCUAGAGGUGUUUAGACUAAACAAUUUGAGUGAGGAGUCGAAGCAGCAGAGCUCAGAGCUGUCAGAGCAGAUAAAGCUGAGAACACAGGAGAAUGGCGCAAUGGGGCUGGAGUUGGAAGAUCUUCGCAAGAGACUCGAGAUAGCUGACCUCAUGUUGCAACAGUACUCCAGUCAGUCAGAUCCCACAAGUGCCAACCAGCAGGUCCAGUUACUGCUGGGAGAGAAGCAGCAGCUGGAGGAACACAAUCACCAGCUGAUGGAGUCGAUGGCCCAUCUGCAGACAGAGAGAGACUGCUAUGCAGAGCAGAUCCAGGACGAAGGCCGUGUAUGGAAGGACAAAACGGAACAGCUGCUAACACAGGUGUCUUUGGUUGCAGAGGAGAGAGACAGCAACAUCAGCCGAGUCCAAGAACUGGAAGCCAGCAUCAUGGAGCUACAAAAUGCUGCAGCGUUGUUGUCCCAGGAGAGAGAGGCUAAGGAUAAUGCAGAGCCUCAGUCCUCAGGACCAUCGGAGAGUGAGGUGGCUCUGCAGGAGGCCCUCAACACUCUGCAGCAGGAGAAAAACACUCUUGCAGCACAGUACCAGUCACAGCUGCGAGAUAACGAGCAGCUGAGCCGCAUGUGUACAGAGCAGGAGACGCGUAUGGGGGAGAUGGAGCGACAGGUAGAGAGCCAAGUCCAGGAGGAAGGGGACCGCCGGCGCAUGUUGGAGGAUGUUCAGUCAGACAAGGCCACUAUUAGCCGCGCUCUCACCCAGAACCGUACACUGAAGGACCAGCUGGCUGAGCUACAGAACGGCUUUGUCAAACUGACUAAUGAGAACAUGGAGCUGACCACUGCCAUCCAGUCAGAGCAACAUGUGAAAAAGGAGCUGGCUCGCAGAAUGGGUGAACUGCAAGAGGCACUGCACAACAACAAGGAGCAGCUGGAACUGAAAAGUAAGGACACUGAGGGUCUAAUGGAGCAGAGGGACCAGGUAGUGGCCCAGCUGCAACAGUACUGUGCCGGCUACCAGACCCUGGCCUCAGAGAGGGAACAGAUCCACCACCAGUAUCUGCAGCAGAUCCAGCUCAUGGACCGGCUGCAGCACGAUGAAACCGAGGGCCGCGUGCAACUGGAGAUCAGCCACAAUCAGCUCAAGCAAGCGCAGGAUUAUUUGGAUCUUUUGGUCAAAGACAACGAGCAGCUGAAGGCUGAGGUGCAGGAGCUGCUCAACAGCUCAGCUCUUGGCACGUCAUCCAGAGACCAAGGUGAUGGAGUGGAGAGCCAGUCCCUGCAAGAGAGCCCAGAGAAGUCCUUCGCCAUAGUUAUCCCAGAAGACUUUGAGAGCCAGAAGGAGAUGGAGGAGUUUAUCCGUGGAGCGUUGGCUCGGCUGGAGGCGGAGAGGGACGAGGCCAGAAGGCAACUGGAGGAGGAGCACAGGCUCCACAUGGCAGCCCGGCAUCAGGCCGCUGUGUCCCUCAGCCUUGAGCGGCAACACCACAGCCACACACAAGAUCAUGACCAUCAUGACCAUCAUCACGAGCACGAGCACGAGCACGAGCACACUCAGGGCCAACAUAGUCACUGUGAACACAAUCACGAGCAUUCAGAAGGAGGAGUGCCGGUGGAAGUUCAUCAGGCCCUGCAAGCUGCCAUGGAUAAGCUCCAGCAGCGUUUCACCUCCCUCAUGAGAGAGAAAGCUGACCUGAAGGAGAGGGUGGAGGAGCUGGAGCACCGCUGCAUCCAGCUGUCUGGAGAGACUGACACUAUAGGGGAGUACAUAGCCCUGUACCAGAGUCAGCGAGCCAUCAUGAAGCAGAAACACCAGGAGAAGGAGCAGUACAUCAGCAUGCUGGCUCAGGACAAGGAAGAGAUGAAAGCGAAGCUGUCGGAGCUGCAGGAUCUGGUGAUGAGGCUGGUGGCUGAGAGGAACGACUGGUACAGCCGCUACACCAGAGCUGUAGCCGGCGCAGGCACAGUGAACCCCGACCUGCUUCCUGUUGGGGAGGAUCACACUCAUCCAGAGCACCAAGCACAUGCACACACGCAUCUUAAUGCUGUCAGUGAAGCAGAAGCCAUGGAGGUCAUUCCUCUGUCGGAGCCCGCCACAGGCCUGGAAUUCCCCUCGUCCCAGGCGCCGUCAAGCGGGUCGGCCCAGACCGACUCCAAGUCCCUGGUGCCCAAAGAGGACGGCACAGCCCAGCAGAUCAUGCUGCUGCUCCAGGAGAUCCAGAACCCCCUGGGAGCGCUAAGAUCCCCCCCCUUCCUCGGGGAGAACCCCUGCAUCCCCUUCUUUUACCGGCCUGACGAACAGGACGAAGUCAAGAUCCUGGUGGUGUGAGGUGUGGCUGUGAUGGAGGCUGGUGUGUGUGUGCGUAUGUAUGAGAUAUUGGACAUGUCUUGAAGUCUGGGGAAUAUUAAACACCACAGUUUGUAGCUUGUUGAUCAUAUUCACAAACACUUCUCAAGAAAUAUGACUCCCUGCACCGCUGGUCACAGACUGUCUUUGACCCGGUUACAUUUAAAACGGCCCCUCUCUGUUCUGUGUGUUGGCACUAAUGUGUGCAUGGUUAAAAAGAGAGUAUCUAUUUGUUUUUAUGUUGUUCGUUUUUUUUUGUCUAUGAUGCUCUUCCCAGAGAGAUGACCAGUAUUCCUUGAAUCUGAUUAUUCUCUGGACCACCAUUUUUAAUCACCAUCCUUUCUCGUCUCCCGUUUUACACAUAAGUGCAAUAAGGGGGCCGUUUAUUCUGUCCCCUUUCCGAUACAGUACCUAAAGAGCUGCCGAUUAGCAGCCUGUUUGUGUGCAACUUCAUUUCAGUGCAAAUCUCAAUUUUACACAAUUCACUGUACCAAUGCCAAAAAAGAGCAUCACGUUUGAAUGUAAUAACCCAAAUAUUUACCUGUAUGUGUGUGUGUGUGUGAUGUGAGGAGAGUGAAUGAUGGUGAAAGGGUGCACAAGGAGAAGAGAGAGAUGCAAGUUAAAGUCAAAUCAAGAAACUGAAGUGCACAUAAGCUUUUGAACUGUAGGCGCUGUUUCAAAGUCAAGAGCCCGCUAGUUACAUGAUGAGGUUCAGAAAAAGAUGGAGGCAGGUGUCGCAGAUUGGUACUGAUCCUUUUCUCAACCUUUUUUGUGUCUUUGUCCUCCAAACAUUGAAAAUACGUCUUCUGUUUGUACAGUGUGAAAUGUUAAUAUAUGUGAAACGUUUGUGUUGUGAUGUCAAACAUCCUGUUAGACUGAGAGAAGGAGGGGACCGAUGCAAUUUAAAGACCCCAUGAGGAAAAAACACAUUUUAAUCAAAGUUAUUGAGGCAUUAUUUUCAGAGUGUAAUUCAGAUAAUUAAUAGAGUUUGGGUUGCUGUGUGUCGGGCUGCGUCCCACAUUUUUCUUUUCUUUCAUUCUUCAAGUUUUUCUUUAUCUCAUUAGCAUGAUAUAUAUUAAGGUGCACCGGAGGAAGUUACAGGAAGUAUGCUGUUAAAAUCUCGUUAUCUGCGCUCAUAAUUCGUCUUUCUUCUUCAAAUAUUCUUUCAUCUCUGAGGAAUUUGUCCUCACCACAAAUGUCCACACUCUUUUAUUUAAUUGAAUUUUCCCCUCAUCAAAGCUGCUCAUCCCUUACUUUAAUUUCAUGGGGUCUUUAAGUUUCGGAACAAAUUGACACUAUUGAUAAGAGCCUGUUUUUUUUUUUUUUGUUACGUUUUCUUGUAGUUCCACAUAUCGAGUAUGAAUUAAUCCUUUACAACUGGACUGUGUGAGUGAGCGUGAUGCGCGCGCUUGUGUGUGUGUGUGAUCCAGACCGUUUCCACUUCAGCCGAAGUUGCUUCUGUUGUACUUUUUUUUGUAGAGUUCUAUCAGAUUAUAUAAGUAUGAUUGCACUAAAACUGUACAAAGCUUCUCAUUCAUCUCUGUCCUCUGUGGCUGGUUGGACAGUGAUGGAGCCUGUGGAUGAAUCCUAUGAAGCCACACUCGUAAGCUGAGGAUUCCAGUUGAAGCAAAUGAGUUUAAUUGAAAGUGUGUGUGUGCAGUGUUGCACUCGGAGGAUGAAUUGUAAAUAUGAACAAAUGGUGACAAUAAUGGGAUUGGUCGCUUCCAACAGGGCGUGUUAUUGCCAAAAGUGUGGGACCAAUUCAGAAUUUGAGAAAAUGAACAACUCUUUCCAAAACUAGUCAAAUGUGUUAUGUAAUUCUUCUCCUUAUGGGCAUUGGGAAAAAGAAAUGUAUGUAGGAUGCCAACAUUAAGACGGGCUUCAUACUUUUCUUCAAGUUUAUGUGUCUAGAUUUAAAGAGAGAUGCUCAUGUUCACAAAUGUAGAUUGGAGGAUGGAUUGAUAUCUUUACCGUGAAGCUCUUUCCCUUUGCAACUAAUAACCAAGAGCUACGCUAUCCCAGCAACAAAGAAAAAAAAUCCAUUUCAGAUUAAAUCAUAGCAGAGGCCUCUGGUUUUUAAGAGUCUUUCUAUGAUUUUAAUAUGCAAAGACAUAUUGCAAGUCAUACAAAAAUCCCACGGACUACUUUUGGAGGUAUUUUAACCUUUCAUUUGGAUUGGGUCUUUGAAUUUUAAACUCCUCUCUGUUGUCUUUACUUAUAGGUAAAGGACAUAUUUGUUCGGUUAUUUAAUUGCACACUUGAUUUUUAUGACUAAAUGCAACAGGACGGAAGGCGUUAGGCUAAAAAUACCAGAAUGUUUACACUAUUAUAGAAAGCAUAAUGUAAUAUGUGGAGGCCAUAUGUACUUGGUGUUUUUUACAGGCAAAGGAAACAGCGCUGCGCCUUCCCUAAACCACAGCACUUUGUAAGUAAAAGGUGGUUUUUGGAUACAUUUACUUAAUCAUUCUUUUUUUUUUUUUUUUUUAUUCCUUGCUUCCUAGCAUUCUGUCACUUUUUGGUUUCCUUUGAAACGAGCUACAAAUUGAGUUUUUUUCCCUUCGUUUUGUUUUUGGUCAGACCAAGAGGUAAAUAUACAAUAAAAUAAUUUUAGUGAUGUUUCGGGGCUUGUAAAAUAAGAAAUAAGGCAAGGUGGAUAACAUUACUUCCCAUACUCUUUAAUUCACUCUUAAAUAUGUUAUGCGUGAUUGAAACAAAUAGCAAUGGGAAAGCAUUUAUUGUCUUUACUGUAAAAGAGGUGGUGUAAAUACUGUAACUGUGUAACAUAUUGUAUAUUCAUUAUGCCUGGUGUGUGGGGGAAAGGCUGCUCUGCCAUGUUUACUGGCAGUGUGAACUGUGUGUCUGAAAGUUAGUUCAAAGUCGAGGUGUGGGCGGUUACUGACUGGCUGUGAUUUAAUACAAAGAUUGACUAAAAAAAGAAAGAAAAUAUUCUAUUUAUUUGGAAUAAGUUAGUAUCUCAACUAAUCAGUUUUAAUGUAAAAUAGAAGUGGAUGGAAAUGAAGGAUCAUUCGGAGAACUGAUUUGUUCGAGGGCUGCUUCUGACAGAAGCUUUCUGAUUUGUUUUUUUCCUUGAGUAAUAUUUUCUCCCCUUCUCCAGAAUAAAACUGAGCAACUUGAACACA